GGCAUUCACAGUUCGCAUUCAGCACUCACGUUCCCUAUAACCAAAGCAUAAGCAUUACCGCAACAAAAUCGUCGCCGAGCAGAUUAUUCUGUCACGUCAAGAAGGUACUGGAAAGUAAAGCCCCAUUUAGUCGAAAACCGAGCAGGCGUCGCCUUCUAUACCAGUGUGUGUAAAGGCAUUUUGACGGACAGCAGCCCAAUAAUCAGUUUCGAAUUUCGAUAAAGUCUAGUGCGGUGAGCCUAUUUAACAUUGGCAACCUCCUCGAGACGCUUCAUUCUCAUUCUCGUGCAUCCACCACAUACAACGUUUACUAAACGUGACAAUUUGUUCUGUGAUUUCGUGUAAAGACUUUCCUGAACCCAAUUCCGAAGAACAAAGAUGGUGAAAUUAAUUGUAAGCCUUCUGGUGCUGGCCGUGGUGGCCCAACAGGCGUACGGAGAUUUUAAAUGCUCGCUGGAGGUGCCCGAGAUCCCCAAGGGCUGGAUGGACCUGAAGGACGGCUGUCUUAACGGCAUGCGCAACCAGAUUCAGGAGGAGAUCAACGCCUCCUACCAGUACCUGGCCAUGGGCGCCUACUUCGCCCGCGACUCCGUCAACCGCCCCGGCUUCGCUGAGACCUUCUUCAAGUCCGCCAAGGAGGAGCGCGAGCAUGGCUCCAAGCUGGUCGAGUACCUGUCCAUGCGUGGCCAGCUCACCGAUAACGUCAGCAAGCUCAUCACCGUCCCGACCGUAGCCAAGCAGGAGUGGAAGGAUGGUGCCGCCGCCCUUGAGGAUGCCCUAGAACUGGAGACGAAGGUCACCCGCUCCAUCCGCAAGCUAAUCCAGACCUGUGAGGGCAAGCCCUACAACCACUACCACCUGGUGGACUAUCUCACUGGCGUGUACCUGGAGGAGCAGCUUCACGGACAGCGCGAGCUGGCCGGCAAGCUAACCACCCUUAAGAAGAUGAUGUCAACCCACGGCGAGCUGGGAGAGUUCCUCUUCGACAAGAACUUGUAAAUUGGUUCCCCCGUUACCGUUCUGGAUCACCCACACCGCCGCCGCCGUGGUUGAGGUGUCCAGUCACUCUUCAAAAUUAUCAGCCAGCAAAUCAACUCCAUCUAGUGUUUUGUUAUCUAUUUCGUUAUCACCCGAGCUGAAACCCUUCCCCGAAAGUCCGCCAUUAAAUCACAAAUUAAAGCUUCAGUUUUCGUUCUCUUUGAUUGGCACGAAAUUCUCCCAAUAAAUUACCUUUCCUUCUGCCUCGCCACCGAUCCACGGGGCACAGCAAAAAUCUA